CAUCAAGUAAACGAAUGUACGAUGCGCUUAAUCCUUCCACUUUAAGUGUAGCAGGAAUUUAGCAUGUCCCCUGUUGUUCCCCGCAAAGACUCCCCAGGAUCAUCCGCCGUUUUGUGAUUUGUGCGGGGACUGCAAAGCGUUCGGCCGACUCCCGCUGUCGCUUCAACCUUCCCAGGUCGUCAUUUCAGUACCGCAAAACAGUAUCUAUGGCAUUGGGCAAUUCAGUUGCUCGGCCACGAUAUGCGAUUGCAGGACCGUAGAUGGCUUCACAGCCGCCCAAGAGGGUCCGUACUGGCUGUCUGAAAUGUCGCGUUCGGCGGAGGAAAUGUGACGAAGGAAAGCCCCGGUGUCAGAGAUGUGUUACGGGAAACUUUGAGUGUGUUUACGGAACCCGCUUGUCGUUCUUAGAAAAGAAUGCCUUUACGGUGGCGGAGCCGGGGACGCCGGCUCAGGAGACGGUGUCAACUCCAAGCUAUCGCAAAGUUCAGUUUGUGGAAGACGUUUCAGGCAGCCCGUCGGGUGAAGAACAACAGCCGCUUCAGGCGCAAACACAAUCCACAGUGGAUAGCGACACUGCGUAUCCUGGGCAACAAACGCACGCUGGCACGGAUGUUCUUUCAGCUACCGGUCCCCAACAAGCCGAUACUUCCGCCACUAAUUGGAGUCCUCGUGGUAUAGGCUCACUUAGCAGCAGCGGCGGUGACCAGAUUGCACUCGAUGCACUUUUGUCGCUUGGUAGCGAACAUGCAACGGUUUUUAUUGACAGGAAUUUGCUCCGAACACCGAUCAGCUCUGUGGCAUUAGAGGAUCCACAAGGUUCUGUCAUCUAUCAUGAUACAGUAGAUGGACAUGAAGGACCUGCUCAGGACAUCCCUUUCUCGUCAACACUGUCACCAAAAUCCGGCCUCGGCAUUCCCGAGGAGUCGGAGUUUAACCUUCUUAAGCAUUAUCGGUACGCAAUAGCACCAUGGCUCGAUCUCUGUGACCUUGGACAGACCUUCGGAAUGGCAGUACCGUGCCUGGCAAGCGAGUCAGUUGUGAUACUACGGGGCGUGCUUAGUCUUUGUACACAGGCACUCAGCGCCGCUUCAACUCUGCACUAUUCCUCGGUGUCUGAUUAUUCGGGAUUCCUCGUCGUUAGCAGGGCGGAUAGCCACAGCGCGGAAGAGCAGCUGCUCAUUGAUAGCCUCUCUCAAGCUCAACAAACUUUUCGUAAUCCUGAUUGCUUGGAGCGGAAAGGCCCCUCCGCAGGUCUUCUUCACGGCGCGCACGAGUUGUUACUUGCGGCACCUACAUCAGUAUCCAUGGCAUCUUAUCAUCUCGUUGUGAGGUUAGAGUUGGGCAAAGCUCUGAUGCACGAGCUACCAAUAUCUGUGCCACUCCAUAUUCCCGAGACUCAUCCAUCUCCAUGGUACUGUACAGACUUAGCAAGACAGAUCUUUUAUUCUGCUCACAUACCCUUAUUUCUCUGCAUCCGUGCAGUGAAUUUCUGUUGGGGCGAAGCCUCCGAUCGUGUGGGGCUGACGGGAGACAUGGUCACAACUUGGCGAAACCUUCUCGACGAACUGAAUUCAUGGUAUCAUCAGCGGCCUCAAGAAUUUAUUUCCAUGGUCGAGAUCGAGACGGCAAAUGAUGGGUAUCCUAUGAUUCUCUUCACCAGUGGCGCCGCCGUCUUCAGCAAUCAGCUGUACCACACGGCCAUACUUCUUCUCUUGCGGCACAAACCGCGCACAGUCGUGCUACCUAGCAAGCAUCGUUCAUCAACCAUGUCCACCCUUUGGCAUGCCAGGCGCAUCUGCGGCAUCGCACUGAAUAAUGAAAACCGGGAAUGCUGGGACACGAGUCUUGUCGCGUCACUGCUCGUUGCUGCUAGGAUAAUGACUCAUGAGACGCAGCAUCAAGUUUUGCUUGCCGGCAUAGAUAAGGUCGAGCGACUGACUGGAUGGAGUUUGGACACAAUCAGGAGCACUCUCAAGGCAGAAUGGGGAAAUUGACCGCCCCGAUAUGUCUUGCGGCUUUCCUCGCGAUGGCCAUUCAGCAACGCUGAGUUCGCGACUGCGGCUUGAUGCUAUGCACUGCAUACAUUCUGCAGGCUCUGGAUUCUGUAGUUUUGAUUUAGUCUUCUGUCAACGUUUAGUUAAGCUUGCAGAGUCAUGCAGCACAGACAUAAAUUGCAGGAAGCUUUAAAGUAUGCCACAUGGGAUUUACUCAUAAGUCUUGAAGAUAUCAGAAAUAGGACGCGCCUGGUUAUGCAACCAG